AUGGUCCGAGUUCCUUCUGAUGCUGUCGCGAGCGUCACAUCCAGCGUAAGAGAGGCUGAACUGCUGGCCAGGCUCUCUGCAAAGGCUGUCGACGCACACUGGCGCGUGAGCCGCAAGGAGCUUGUCAUGAAACGAGAGCUUAGCAAAACUCUGAAAAGCACUCUAUUUCUGGCGGAGUGGCGAGGUACAGAGGUAGUCGUGAAAUGCGCUGAGACCCACUUCACGACCAGAGCCAUGUCUUCUGCCAGGAUCACUUCGAAAGGGGUGUCCUCCGCGUUUUCGCUGAAGAAGGCUGCGCUCGAUCAGGCUGCGACGCAGUCGACCGGACUAGCUGCUGAAGAUCAUCAUGCCAUGAUCGAAGAGCUGCUGCACGAAAUUGACAUGAUGUCGAAAGAACGACAUCCUGAUAUGGUCAUGUUUCUUGGAGCAUGCCUGGAUCAGGACGCACCGAUUAUGUGCAUCACCGAAUACAUGCCCGGGGGUGACCUCGAGCGCUACUACAUGGCAAAGCGUCGAGAAAAGAUGACAGAUGUCUGGUGUCCACCUUUGUGGCGGAUCGUGGAGUGGUGCUCUGCUGUGGCAAGAGCGCUGGCAUUUCUUCACCAUCGCGACGAGCCGCUGAUUCACAGGGACCUGAAGCCCCUUAACCUGCUAUUGAACAAGCACUUGGAGGUCAAAGUGGCUGACAUGGGCAUCUCCAAAGUCAUGGCGGCAACCAACAACAGCGCCGCCAGUUACACCAUGACUGGUGGUGUUGGCAGCUGGCUCUACAUGGCCCCAGAGGUGGUCAGGCAUGAGCAGUACAAUGAAAAAGUCGACAUCUAUGCAUUCGCUUUGAUCAUGUAUUUUAUGAGUUCUGGGCGAGCUCCUUUCUACCAGCUGGGAAGAGAUCCUGAACUUGUGCUGAAAGAAUACCUGCGAGGGCAUGAGCCCAGGCCGGUUGUUGCUGACUGCCACAUCCAGCUGCGACCCAUCAUGGCCUCCGCUUGGGAUGUGGAGGAAAGGCUCCGGCCCACUGCUGCACAGCUGGUCCAGGAGUUGAGCGAGGUUCCGGUGACAAAGCGAUCCUGCCUAUGCUCCCAGAUGUGA